AUGCACGAACUUGUGAAGGAACGAGAGGAGUCCUCCACACUCUCUUCAUUGACGGAGGAGAAAAAAAUGGAUAAAUCAGAAAUGGAGAUGCUGUUUAUUGAUUUGAGUCAUGUGAACAAAGAGAAUAGGGAUGUAGGAAUGGAGAUUCUGUGUGAGAAUAUAAAAAAGAGAAAAUUGUUGAUGAAUAGAAAGACUUUAUUGUAUAUUUGUAAAGGAUUAUUUUAUUAUUACUGGUUAUGUUAUUCGAUGGAAGAGCAGAAAAAAGCAGCAUGUAAAGUAAGUAGAUUAAUUAGAAAUAUCGAUGAGAUAGAUAAUAGUAAGAAGAAAGGAAAUGUUUUUUUAUUUUUGCAAUGUUUUUUAAAUGUUAUGUCAAAGAAAUAUGACAAUUUAGACAUAUAUCGAAUGAAUAAAUUUUUAUUUUUGUUUCGAGUAUUCCAAGCAGAAUUUUUAUUGUUCUUACAUAAAUAUUCAUGGAAUAGCCGUUAUAUUAAGAAGUAUAAUAAAAUAAUGCUAAAAACAUUUGAUGAUACAAAUGACGUUUUUUAUAACCAUAUAGAUACAUUUUUUAACGAAUUUUUUGGAAAUCAAUUUUAUUUAAAAUCUAAAGAUGAAAAUGCAAAAGUUCAUAUAAAACAUUUUGUUCAAUUGAUUGAACUUUUUUUAAAAAUUAUAUGUAGAACAGAAAAAAAACAUAUAAUUGAUGUUAUUCGUAAAAAAAUAUUUUCUGUUAUAUUAAAAAUGAAUUUAAAGAAAAAUUUGUUAAAAGAAAAAAUUUCGAAUUAUGUUUUGAAGUGCAAAAAUCAAUACGCUACAAAAGUUUUAAGAGGAUUUUACAAUUCUCUUGUUUCUAUGACUAAAGAGGAGGAAGGUAUAAACAACAAGAAAAAAACUAAAGGUUUUCAGAAAGUUCCAAUUUUUGUGGAAAAAUUUGAGGUCAAUGGAAAUCAAAAUACUUACUCUGAGAACGAAAAACAGAAAAUCACCCAAAUAAAAGACAUUUCCAAUGUAGUUACGCCUGAAAUUCGAUCAACUGAUGGAGAACAAGAAGUUGACAAUUUAUUUAAUAUCAAAAUGAAGUUGAAACGGAAUCGAGGUCCAUGCGAGUAUACUCGGUUCGUUUCGAUGAUAGAUGAAGGGGGGAUGGAAGAUCAAUUGGAUACUGCUACAGGUACUGCUACAGGUACUGAUACGGGUACUGCUACAGGUACUGCUACAGGUACUGAUACGGGUACUGAUACGGGUACUGAUACGGGUACUGGUACUGCUUCUGAUUCUGAUACUGAUACUGAUACUGAGGCGGACUCUGAUGUGCAUAUGAACAAAGGCAUGAUGGACACCUCUGCUGGAGCGAGUGCAAACGCAGGGGCCCCCUCGAGCUCAAUGGUGGAUAUUUUUUCAGGUGAAAUUGAAGACAAGGAAAGGAAGGAGAAAAAGAAGAAGACCAUAAAGGGAAAUGAAGGAAACAGGAACUCUGACGUGAACAAAAUCCAAAAAAAAAAAAAAAAAAUGAACAUCCAGAAAGUGAUAAACAUGGAUGACAACAACUUAAUAAGCAAGUUGGGGAUAUCAUCAUCGAAGAAAGAGAAAAAAGUGUUGGAAAAAAGUGUUGGAAAAAAAAAGGGAGAAGCAAAAAACAAAAAAAAAAAGAAAAAAGGAACAACAGAAGGUGCUGCACAUGUGGAUAAACAUGCAAGUAGUGUGGGAAAGAGAAAAACCGAACGCAAUAUGGGCAUCUUGGAUUUGCUGCAUAAGAGUAAACAAGGUUUUUCAGGAAGUAUCAUUAUUGAAAAUGAGGAGAAAUCGGAUUUGGCAAUCUACUCAAUUAACAAGUCGGAUCUACGAGAAGGGUGCAUACAGAAGAGAAAAUUAAAAGCGAAUAAACUGUUUAAGAAGAAUAGGAAAAGGCAAAAUGGUCACAGCAUAGCAAGUGCCACCCUAAGUAAUAGUAGUAGCAACUGUAGCAACUGUAGCAACUGUAGCAACUGCAGCAACUGCAGCAAGCAUAAACGUAAAGUACAAAAGAGUUAUACCAUAUUGAUGGAUGAAAACCACGGAGCUGCCACAUGGCCAAAGGCUGCAAAACGAGGAAAUGAAGACACUGCCAAAGAGAAGGGUGACAGGAAAACAAACAUAGGAAUGAAAAAAAAAAAAAAAAAUAAUAAAAUGGAAAAUUUGGAGAAACAAAAUAAAAAGGUCCAAUUGGAGAAGACAAAAAACAGCAAGUGUGAAAAGUUGGAAAAACUGCAAAUGUUGGAAAAAAAAAAAAAAAAAACUAAAAAUGCAAAACCGGAAAAAAAAAUUCAUAGGAAUAACCAAGAGGAUGAAGACAAGGACAAAAACAAGGACAAAGACAAGGACAAAGACAAGGACAAAGACAAGGACAAAGACAAGGACAAAAACAAGGACAAAAACAAGGGCAAAAACAAGGGCAAAGACAAGGACAAAGACAGGGAGAGAAAAAAAAAAAUAAAAAAUAAAAACAAAAAUGAGUUCAGCAACGGAUUAGCCACCCACUCAAAAGUGGGGGGGACUACGGAAACGAAUAAAAAUAGCAUUGUGAAAAAAACAAUUUUGAAAAAGGGAAAAACCAAGUCUCAUGUAACCAAAAAGGUUCAUUUCAAUUUAAACAAAAACACAAUUGAAUAUAUCCCGCGAAGAAAAAAGAGAAAUGUCAACUCAUAUUUCUUUCUUGAUAACUUCAGAAACUUAAUUAAUGUCCCCGCAUUUUUGUAG